GCCUAUUACGCCAUCAAACCCAAUCUUCAGGAAGUCAGCGCUCCGACUGAGAAAGCCCCUAUUCCAUUUCUAUCUCCAGCCAUCCUGGAAGAGCUUUGGGUAAUCUGGAAAUCCGAUCCACGCGUUCCAACAAUUGCAUCGCGACGUGCAUGGGCCGCCUCACGGAAUAUCAGUCCGAUGCGCAUCGACAACUGGUUCAGUCUUCGCAAAGCACAGGCGAAGAAAACAAGACAACCGAUAUCAAACGAGACAUACGAGCUUUCGUUGGAG